AUGGCACAUGAUUUCUCUGCAAGUGUGUCACCGAUCGCAUCGUCCAGAACCGGGGCGCCUAGCAGUGUUAAAGUGGAGCUGGACAUCACACGGAGUUGUGGAUGGUGCGAGACAAACGGCGUAGACAAUCUCAACCUGAAUAACGUGUUACAAACACUGAAUUGUGCCGAAAAAUACGAAUUAGCAUGGCUGGUUGGCACGUGUAUUAGCUUUAUCCUCGGUGCGAUCGACACAGGCAACUGCGUGGAAAUUCUUGAGAAGGCCAUUCGUUAUCUACCCUCAUCCCCGAUGAUCAUGGAGGAAUGUUUGUGUUUGAUUGAUGAAUCAGCGGAAGUUGUCUGGCAGUCAGAUCAUUUCUUAGCCAUUGGACAAGAGGCCUUACAGGUUAUUCUUCAGCGAGAGACGUUAACGGCUGAUGAGCACACCAUCUAUUCGUCGGUUGAAAAGUGGGCUACGAGCGCUUGCAGUCAGAGUUAUAUGGAACCUUCUGCAGUAAAUCGGCGUGAAAAGCUGGGUCCGGCACUAUAUCAUGUUCGAUUCCCGCUUUUAACAAAUGAACAGCUGAUGGAUGGCCCUGCUAAGACGGGUUUGUUGGUGCGUUCGGAGCUGUGUGACAUCUUCAGCUACAAGCACUCCACAGACAAGCCAUGUAUUCCGUUCCGUACAAUACCCCGACAAGGACGUAUUAUUUACUUUUCGGUUCCCGAUGUAAGGGUGCUGCAGGAUACCACUACGUUCAGCGAUCCCGUUACCGUCAGAAAGCUGCUUUGGAAGAUCGGGGUUGCCAAAAGAACUCGCUGUGAGUCUGCUAAUAUGGGCUUCUUCCUGCACUGUUUUGGCUAUCCGAAAUCGGCUUCCUGGAAGUGUCAAGUUAAUGCACAGUUUUGCUUACUGCCAUGGAAAACAGGAAUUGCACCAAUUAAAAAAGAUAUUUUCCAUCCAUAUGACCAGAAAAGUGACAGCUGGGGAUACUUGUCAUACAUUUCUAUGGAGGAAUUACUGGAUCCAGCGAAAGGCUACGUCAACCCUACUGAUUUCUCCCUAAAGCUGCAAAUUCAGUUGGCUGUUGAACUUUCAUCUGAAUUCGACUGA